CACUCAGUCCUGGUUUGAGGUCUCUAGUGAGUCAGUGAGUCCAGUUCGCUAUAGUUGACAGCUAGGAAGUCCUGGCGGGACCGAGGCGUGACUUGACAAAGGUAAUUUUGUUAGUCCUACCUGAUUGUUGUUCAUAUAUUUCUCACAAUGUCUUUGGCUGACGAACUAUUAGCUGAUCUUGAAGAUGACGCCGAUGACAAGGAGCCAGAGGAGCAGGUGGUGGCGGAACAACUUAUUCCCACAUCGUUGACGAACAAAAUUACGGAAAAAGAUAUUAAAGUCGACUCGGUCAGAGAACUAGCAAAAUUAUGGGACUCACCUUUGAUGCAAAGGGUCACGUCGCAGAUCGAUAAGUACAGCAAAAUUCUUCGAAAGUCCUCUGACAUUAUAGGUACUGUUGAGUCCGAUCCAGAAUAUCAGCUGAUUGUGGAAGCCAACAAUUUAGCCGUUGAAAUAGACACAGAAAUAGCAACAAUACACAGGUUUACGACUAGCAAAUACUCAAAAAGAUUUCCAGAAUUAGAAUCUCUGGUCGUUGAACACUUGGAGUAUAUGAUGACCGUCAAAGAAUUAGGAAAUGAUUUAGACAGAGCAAAGAAUAACGAAAUCUUACAGCAGUUCCUCACUCAAGCAACAAUUAUGGUUGUUUCUGUAACUGCAUCAACAACACAGGGACAGCUGUUAACGGAUGCAGAAAAGGCAGCAAUUGAUGAAGCCUGCGAUAUGGCUAUCGAAUUAAGUAAUUUAAAACAAAGAAUAUUUGAGUAUGUUGAGAGUAGAAUGGCAUUUAUUGCUCCAAAUUUAUCUACAAUUGUUGGUGCCUCAACUGCAGCUAAGCUGAUGGGUGUUGCUGGAGGAUUAACAAAGCUGUCAAAAAUGCCAGCUUGCAAUAUUUUACUUUUAGGAACUAAAAAGACUACAUUAUCUGGUUUUUCACAAACCGCAGCAUUACCUCACACAGGAUUUAUUUAUUAUUCAAAAAUUGUACAGGAUACCCCAGAAGACUUGAGAAGAAAAGCUGCAAGACUUGUAGCUGCAAAAAGUACACUUGCUGCUCGUGUUGAUGCCUGUCAUGAAAGUACGGAUGGUACAAUUGGUCAACAAUUGCGUGAAGAAAUUGAAAAAAAAUUAGACAAACUUUUGGAACCACCACCCGUUAAAUUUAUCAAGCCAUUGCCAAAGCCAAUUGAUCCAGGCAGGAAGAAGCGUGGUGGUAAAAGGGUCCGUAAAAUGAAGGAACGCUACGCUAUUACAGAAUUUAGGAAACAAGCCAACAGAAUGAAUUUCGCUGAUAUUGAAAGCGAUGCUUAUCAAGAAGAUCUUGGAUACACUCGAGGUACUAUUGGUAAAGCAGGCACUGGAAGAAUUAGGUUACCGCAAAUUGAUGAGAAGACCAAAGUUCGCAUUUCAAAAACGCUGCAGAAGAAUCUACAAAAACAACAGCAGUGGGGCGGUAGCACAACUGUUAAAAAGCAAAUUUCUGGAACAGCUUCUAGUAUAGCAUUCACACCACUUCAGGGCUUGGAAAUUGUGAACCCACAAGCUGCAGAGAAGAAAGUCAGCGAGGCAAAUGCAAAAUACUUUUCCAAUACCGCAGGCUUCUUGAAAGUCAAGAAAACUUGAACAAUUGGAAAGAUAAUACAGCAAAGAUACCUCAAAUCCAGAUGCGUCUUUACGAUUCAUGGGGCCCUAGGCCCAGAUCAUAUGGGAGCCCCCCAAAAUUUCAUCGAAAUAUUAAAUUCAAAUUUCUUAUUUAGAAAAAUAUAAUACGUAACGAGUAAGUAAAAAUAAAUUUAUAAUAAUUGAACUGCCUUUUGUAAAGUUAAAUAUCCCAGGCAAGAAUAGUAUGUAUAGGCUAUGUAUAUAGAAUCUGAUGUAUUAAAUUUUAUUUCAUUUGAAGAGUUUGCAAUCUCAGAUUUUGCAACAAAAAAAA